AUGGAUAUCGCUUUGCCGCAGGGGAUCGUUCCGCCUGAUGACAUCAGAAGGCGGAUCAGGUUGACUCGAGGGAUGCUGGAGAGGGACAUCCUGGCCUACAUUGGUGAUACUGUGUGGGAAUACCUGGUUCUCCGGCACCAGUACCAGCAGGUGGUGCGUAGCCCCUUCACGGAGAGUCAGGAGGUGAGACUCCAAAGACAAGGCAAAGCUGGUGUGAUGCUCUACCGCAGCAGGAUUCUGACUAAACGGGAGCGACAAGUGAUGCUUGAGGGUGCCCAGAAGACCUGGAUGACAAAGGUCAGGAUGAACUUUGAGAGCAUCAGAAGCGUAGGCGUGAACAUGUAUUCAAAUGCAUUAGGCCUUCGAACUUUGCUGGGUUAUGCCUACAUGGACGCGGCCACGUCUGACCAAGAUGUGAUGAGAAUUGUGGAUGAGAUCGGGCUACUUGGCGCUCCUGGGGUGGAAGACCAGAUGCUGGCAGACAUCACAGGAGGCAUCUUUGAUCCUACCCUUCGACCGCCUGGCAACUACUUCUUGGCAUUGGCUCCUUUGGGCCAUGCCGCUCUCCGUCUUUACGUGAGCCGGUACUUGUGCGAGAGGCCUCUCAUUCCCAGCGAAUUUAUCUACAGAGUGAAACUGGCGCUGCGACAAGAGGAGCUUGAUGCUGCAGCGGUUGCCUUUCUGCUUGAUAGUGCCACGGCUGAAGAAGCCAAACUAAUGCAGGGCGCUCGAGAGCAAGGUGACAGUUAUGCUUUCUCCUUCGAGUGCUUGUUGGGCGACCUUGCUCUCAGACUGCCGUACCGAUUGCACCAGAUUGUGUCCCAGUUCGGUUGGGCGCAGCCUCUGGAAGGCACUUAG